UUCCAUAAAUAUAUUUGUGGAAAAGCGUUUGCAAAAUUUGUCACUGAAGCGACGUCGUUUUGGUCUCGCUCACAGUCCUCAUUACUCUCAAGCCCCCAAUCGUCGUCCCCAGUUUUGAGAGUAGAGAGCAGAGAGAGAGAGAGAUGAGUGCAACAGCAUCGUAUCUAGCGAGAAGAGCAGCGCAGAAAGAGAGGGUUCGGAUCCUCUACAGGCGUGCCCUCAAAGACACUCUCAAUUGGGCCGUUCAUCGCCAUCUCUUCUAUCAAGAUGCUUCAGACCUCCGCGAGAAGUUCGAUGCCAACAAGCACGUGGAGGAUCUUGACACAAUUGAUAGAAUGAUUGCUGAUGGUGAAGCAAGAUAUGAUAAGUGGCGGCACCCUGAUCCUUAUAUUGUUCCUUGGGCUCCUGGUGGUUCCAAGUUUACAAGAAACCCAACGCCGCCUGCUGGGAUUGAGAUAAUAUAUGACUAUGGCCGAGAAGAUAACAGCUAAAGUGGCACAUUAUUCCAUUGCAAUAAAGAUCGGGGACGAUCUAUGGCUAUCCAUGAUUAUGGUCUAGAAAUGGUCAUGAAGAAAAGAAUUGUCUUGUUUGUAUUGUCCAAGUGAAGGUGAAUGGUACCUUUGAACAUUCUGAGAAGGCUCUGUUAAUUGCAGUGUAUUUGGUAUACUGUUGAGAUGGAUAAUUUGACUAAAAUGAACUGCUUGCAUGACAUGAAUAGUAGGUUUUAUCAUGAACCCUUUAAUUUGCUA